AUGGCGAAGGAAUAUGUGGAUUUUGAUGGUCCGGACGACUCCUUGAACCCUAUCAACUGGCCCCUUUGCAAACGGGUAUACAUUGCAAUAUUGCUGGCCCUCACUACUAUGGUUGUAGCAAUGGCAAGUAGCAUCUUCACCUCGGCUAUACCGGAUAUAAUGGCAAUUUAUGGCAUCACGCGGGAGGUUGCAACCUUAGGUUUAUCGCUCUACGUGUUUGGUUUCGCAUCGGGGCCAUUGUGCUGGGCACCAUUUUCAGAAUUGAAAGGAAGAUAUUAUCCUCUCGUGGUGUCGACCUUUGGUUUCAUGGUCUUCUCUUUUGCAACUGCAGUUUCAAAAGAUCUCCAGUCACUCCUCAUCCUAAGGUUCUUCACUGGGUUUUUCGGUGCAGGUCCUUUAACAUUAGCAGGGGCCGUCUAUGGUGACAUUUUCACACGAAAGGCCCGCGGUAUGGCUAUGGUUGCCUUCUGCCUUAUGGUCUUCACUGGUCCUCUCACUGCACCUUGCAUUGGUGGAUUCACCGUAAUGAACAGCCAUCUCGGAUGGCGCUGGACAGCGUAUAUUCCAGCAAUAAUUGGCUCUGCGUGUUUCAUAAUCAUACUUUUUACCCUCGAAGAAUCCUACCACCCGGUACUACUGGCUGGGAAAGCAGACAAACUGCGGCGCGAAACUGGCGAUUGGUCUCUUCGAGCUAAACACGACGAAUUGAAGCUUGAUCUCCGAACGAUUGCGACAGAGUUCCUGACCCGGCCGCUAAAGAUGCUACUUUUCGAUCCGAUUGUCCUGUGUAUGAGUGUUUUCGCCGCAUUCGUUUACGGUCUGCUGUAUCUUUUCCUGACUGCCUAUCCGAUCAUCUUCCAGAAGAUCCAUGGUAUGAACCGGGGCGUUGGCGGGUUACCUUUCAUCGGGAUAAUCAUAGGGCAGCUUUUUGGUGCUCUUGGGGUUUUUGCAAUCCAGCCGUGGAUAAUGCGGAAAGCGAAAAUCAACGGAGGUGAAGUGAUGCCGGAAUGGAUCUUGGUAAUAGCUAUCCCAGGGGCCACUUCAUUUUCCGCCGGGUUAUUCUGGCUGGGUUGGUCUGGUUACAAGCAAAAUACCUCUUGGGUUGUUCCCACUGUUUCAGGGCUCCUCACCGGUUUUGGGUUGUUGACCAUGUUCCUGCCGUCGAUUGCCUACCUAGUCGAGGCGCGACCGAAAACAUCGGCCUCCGCUGUUGCCGCACAUACGUUCUUACGAUCGCUUGCUGGCGGUGGAUUUCCUCUUUUUGCAUUCUAUAUGUUUGAUGCCCUCGGUGUCGAAUGGGCCUGCCACACCAUGUCCGAGAAGAUCAAAGAAGCAGUGCUUUCCGAGGCCAAAAACACCCAAGCAGUUGCUCAUGAUGUCAUUACGUCUGGCGCAUACUUGUAUCCAUUCAAGGGAAUCAUAUACUUCGCAACCCACAAAGACCUCUGGCGCCCUUUUAUAUCUCGCGCCGGCCGAACCAUCACGCUGGGAGUAGGCGUCACGUCUGUCAUGUUCUUCUUCACAUACGUGCCGCAGAUGGCCAUAAUGGCCUUCACUAGUGGCCCAUUGGCUGCUAUUUCUGCAGCAAUUCUCGUCCUUGGCGAAAGUUCCGCCAUAACAAACGUUCUAUCACGCUCAUUCCUCGUUGAAGACGCCCUGAUCGACACCUUCGAUGGUACCCUAGUUGCGCGUGAUCAGGAGCCACUCGUAGCACAAGGACGCCAGAUGAAACCUCGGUCGGGAGGGAAAGAUGCCAUGGCUAGAAUGGGUAAGAUUUUCACUCGGCCUCUCGCGCGGCUGAACCCACGAGCGCUGCUGCGAUCGUUGCUCUACCUACCUCUGAACCUCAUUCCUGUGGUUGGAACGGUGUUGUAUAUCUUCAUGCAGGGGAAAAGAGCAGGACCGGUACUCCAUGCUAGAUAUUUCCAGCUCAAGGGCUGGGACUCUACGAUGCGAGAGGAGUGGGUGAAUAAAAACCAGGGCGCGUACACUGGACUUGGAAUCGCAGCUUUUGUGUUGGAAAUGAUACCGUUUGCCUCGAUUGCGUUUUCAUUCACGAAUACUGUUGGCGCAGCUCUCUGGGCUGCGGAUUUGGAGAAGGCAACCAAGUAG